CACGCUGGACCUGGGGUUUGUCCUGCCAGGAGACCUGUUGGAGGCAAGGAGGGGCCGUCCUGCCCCGGAGGAGGAGUGCCGGUGUUUGCUGGUGUUUGCCAGGCUGGUGGCACCUUUGGAAAACGUGACUUUAUCUCCCGCUUGGGUGUUGGUGGAAAGCAGAGCGCAGAGCCAAGUCCCGGAGGACUUUGCUGCGUCGCUGCCCUUGUCCCGAAGGUGUUUCCGCACCAGGCGGGCAGCGGCGUGGCCGUCCGCACCGCGGGCUCUCCCGACGGGAUCCAAAGGCCGCGUCGGCGGGCUGCAUUGCGAAAGGGAAUCGAUACGGGGAAGCGUCUGGAGAGAAACUUCGGCCGCCCGAGAGCGUGGCGGUGCCAGGCUCCUCUCUGACUCACGGGGGACAUUGCCGACGGAGCCGUGGGGCGCCCAGCUGCUGGCCCGCGGGAGCAGGAGGCGCCGGUGAGGCUGCGCCCGCGAGCGCUCAUCCCUUCUCCACCGUCCCUGCCCGCCGCCGGCGGGUCUCCGGCACCGCGCAGCCAUGACAACCUCGGCGUUGCGCCGGCAGGUGAAAAACAUCGUGCACAACUACUCGGAGGCGGAGAUCAAGGUGCGGGAGGCCACCUCCAACGAUCCCUGGGGACCCCCCAGCUCCCUGAUGUCAGAGAUAGCCGACCUCACCUUCAACACGGUGGCUUUCGCUGAGGUCAUGGGCAUGAUUUGGCGGCGGCUGAACGACAGUGGCAAGAACUGGCGUCACGUCUACAAAGCCCUCACCCUCCUGGACUACCUCAUCAAAACCGGCUCCGAGAAGGUGACCCACCAGUGCCGGGAGAACCUCUACACCAUCCAGACGCUGAAGGACUUCCAGUACGUGGACCGCGACGGCAAGGACCAGGGCAUCAACAUCCGGGAGAAGGUGAAGCAGGUGAUGGCGCUGCUGAAGGACGAGGAGCGACUGAAGCAGGAGCGGGCGCACGCCUUGCAGACCAAGGAGCGCAUGGCCCUCGAGGGCAUGGGCAGCGGUAGCCACCAGGUCGCCUACGGUCGCCGCGCAUCGCCCUACGGUGACGACUACGGCCGGGCGCGGGGCUCGCCCUCCUCCUUUAACUCAUCAUCCUCGUCCCCACGGUUUGCCUCUGACCUAGAGCAAGCGAGGCCCCAGACGACGGGCGAGGAGGAGCUGCAGCUGCAGCUUGCGCUGGCCAUGAGUCGGGAGGAGGCGGAGAAGAAGCCACUUCCUCCAAUUUCCAGUACAGAUGAAGAAAGGCAAUUGCAGCUAGCGCUCGCGCUGAGCAAAGAGGAGCACGAGAAGGAGGUGAGGGCUUGGCAAGGAGAGAACUCCCUGCUGCAGAGAGCUGUGGAGGAGACUGCCCAGAGCAGGGAGGAAGAGGAGGAAGAAGAUAAGAUGAAGAAAAGCCAGUCCUCUAUCCUGGAGCUGGCAGAUAUAUUUGGGCCGGCGCCAGCCCCCCCCAGCCACACAUCCACCGACCCGUGGGAUAUGCCAGAUAUGAAACCCAAAGUGGAACCAGCAGCCUCUGCCUGGGCCGGUGCGGCUGACCCCUGGGUGCCGGUCCCGGCCACUGGCGGGGAGCCCCUCUCCCAGGCGAGUGCCUCGUCCCAGCAAACCUCCGCCGGGCCCUGGGAUUUCCCCCCUGGUACCACUACAGCCUCUGACCCUUGGGGGAAGGCACCCUUGUCUUCUGGCUUCCCUCCUGCGGACCCCUGGGUGGCAGCAUCCCCUCCCACCCAGGUCUCUGGUUCUACACCAGCUGCUGACCCUUGGGCUGCCGUGGCCGACCAACCUCCUAACCCUGCUACAGGGGGGAAUGCUUUCGACCCAUUUGCAAAGCCACCCGAGCCAGCCGAGCUGCCGGAGCAGGAGCCCUUGCAGCCACCCUCCUCGGCCAAGUCCAACAGCCCCGUCGAGCUGGACCCCUUCAGCGACCUGUUCCCCAGCACCAGGCAGGACGGGGCGAAGAGCUUCGACCUCGCCAACCUGGCCGAGUCCCUGCCUGAAUCUGGCAAGGAGCGGAAGGACUGUAAAACCCCUGAGGCCUUCCUCGGCCCCGCCGCCUCCUCCUUGGUCAACCUGGACUCCCUGGUCGCCCCUGCACCGGCCUCCAAGACGCGCAACCCCUUUCUCUCGGGCCUGAGCACGCCAUCCCCCACCAACCCCUUCAGCCUCGCCGAGCAGCCCAAGCCGACGCUCAACCAGAUGCGGACCAGCUCGCCGGUGCCCGGCUUGCCCGCGGGCCUCCCCGCCAACUCCAUGACCUACAGCGCGUCCCUGCCGCUGCCCCUCAGCAGCGUCCCCGCCGCCGCCGCCGCCCUCCCUGCCUCCGCCAGUGCCUUCCCGCAGGCCGGCACCUUCCCUGAACUCCCCAGCAACUUGCCGCAGCCUUUACUGCCGCUGAGCGGCCCCCCAGCCCCGCCGUCCGCUCCGGGGGGGCUCAACCCCUUUCUCUGAAUCCUCUGGACGUGUAGACUCUCACCCCUUCCCCGGCUGUUACAAAUCCCCCCCGGCCAAGACCUUGGCGGGGGGGACGGCGGUUUGCUAGCUCCAAGGGAGGGUGCCCCCCACACCAGCCCCCUCCCCGUGCCCGCUGGCUGGGGGGCAGCCAGCAUGAGCCCCCCUGUGCUUGACAAGCAAGAGGGGACCCCCUUCCCCAGCGACGACCAGAGCCGAGAGCGGUUUAGGGGUGAUGGUGGGGUCCAUCCUAAGGGCUUCUUGGUUUGGGGGGGGCUCCGGUGCAGCGGGCUGGGCUGGUGCAUGGGGGCUCACUGCUGGAUAGGGCCCCCGGGGCAAGGGGGCUUUGCCCCGGCACCUGCAGGGAGCUGGGGCAGCGCUGGGGCCGGGGGGGGGGGGGGAGGGGGUUGUGUGUGGAACUGGGGGUCCCGUCGCCCCUCGCCGUGCUCCCCACGCCGGGGCUGGUUUGCUGCCACCCCCCCCCCCCCACCUCCUCUCCGGCCGCUCCCCACCUCUCCCGCCCGCCCCUCGCCCCCUUUCCCGCUCGUUGUCCCCCCCCCCACAUCCCCACGCCGGAGCCUCCCCAGGGAGCCGCGGGCAGGGCCCCCCCGGGGGGGCAGCCGCCUCCUCGCCCGCUCGCUGGGCCCCGCUGCGGGACAUGGGGGGGGGGGUGUUUGGGGGGGGGGGGUGUGAUGGCGGGGGGCGCCGGUGCUUCGGCGCUGCUGGAGAGCGGCGGCUCCGGGCUGGCUGUGAGACAAUAAAAUGCUCUGACGGA